AUGAGCGAAACAAAAAUCAUUCUAGCCAUCCAAAAGUAUGACGCCGGAAGCGGAAAAAGAACGCCAAUCUCGAGGGCUCUCCUGCCUCAGAAGUUCAAGGAUGCUGCUCUCGAGCAUAUCCGUUGGUAUCUGAUUGAUCAAAGUCCGCUGCCCAAGGAUUAUGUGAGGUACAAAUUUUGUGAUAAGGAUGGCGCCGAAGUCGCCGAGGACACCAACUUUGACGUCUACCUCCAGAUGAAUAAGAUCGAGGACGGCGAUACCUGUGAUUUGUUCUUCCUCGCCCCGGGAAGCAAUAUGACGGAAAUUGACGGCGACACUGCUGCGUUCUUGAAAGAACGUCUCGACCUAAGCCUGUCGGAUCGAAUGCCUUUCUUGAAGCCGACGUUGAACACUCUCACUUCAUCAAUCAAAAAAGAUGAUUGGAAAGCGUCCGCAGGGAAGGCAGACACAUCGCGCCGACAUGAAUGA